CACUUCCACUUCGUCAUAUCAUCUUAAGCGAUCUGUUGUUGUCAGUCGACUCGACUGUCGCUUCUUUUGCGUGAUUACUGCUCCUGCUUCUCCUUGAGGCUGUCCUCAUGUUUCCAUUGUGGUGACCGUGACUCUUCUGGAGCUUCUCAUCGGGUUGACACAAUGCUCAUAUCGGUUCCCAGGUUGGGAUUCCUCUUUUUCCUGACCUAUGCCUUUGGUGUGGGUUACUUUGUGUCUUCUGCUCCUGCUGCUUCGGGUGUCGUUCCAGUCAUUCUUAUUCCAGGGGAUGGAGGCAGCCAAUUAGAAGCCAAACUGUCAAAGUCACAGGUCGUGCAUUAUGUGUGUGGCAAGAACACGAAUGACUUCUUUAAUAUUUGGUUGAAUUUAGAGCUUCUUGUGCCAAUUGUCAUUGAUUGCUGGGUUGACAACAUCAAACUGGUGUACAAUGCCACAACCAGGAAAACAGAAACUCCACCAGGUGUUGUUACAAGAGUACCUGGAUUUGGCAAUUCAUCGGUGGUGGAAUGGUUGGACCCAAGUGAAGCCUCUCCUGGAGCUUACUUCAAAGACAUUGGAAACAUGCUAGUUGGAAAAGGCCACAACAGAAAUUCAUCUUUACGAGGUGCACCUUAUGAUUUCCGACGUGCUCCUAAUGAACAUCAAGAAUUUUUCAUUGCUUUCAAGUCUCUAGUUGAGGAAACUUACAGCAUAAAUGGAAAUGUGCCUGUCCUCUUGAUUGCUCACAGCAUGGGUGGGCCUUUGACUUUAGUGUUCCUCCAGCAGCAGACCCAGGCAUGGAAGAAUAAGUACAUUCGAGCUCUUGUCACUCUGAGUGGGGCUUGGGGUGGGUCUGUGAAGGCUCUCAAAGUUUUUGCUGUAGGAGAUGAUUUGGGAUCAUAUGUGCUACGUCAAAGUAUUCUCCGAGAGAUGCAAAUUACUUCUCCAAGUUUGUCAUGGUUAUUGCCUUCAUCAAUUUUCUGGAAAACAACUGAGGUGCUGGUACAGAGUGGAACCCGGAACUACACCUUAAAUGAUCUGAAGGACUAUUUUGAUGACAUAAAUUAUCCUACAGGCUGGGAAAUGCGUAAGGAUGUGGAACAGUUCUCACUUAAUUUCUCUCCUCCCGGUGUGGAGGUACAUUGCUUGCAUGGCUAUGGUGUGGACACUGUUGACAGCAUGAUUUUCAAACCUGGCAAAUUCCCUGAUGGGUAUCCAAGUUUUGUGUAUGGCGAUGGAGAUGGUACUGUCAACAAGAGAAGUUUAGAGGGGUGUGUGCAUUGGAUUGGACAUCAAAAGCAGAAAGUUUAUCAUCAAACUUUCCCUAAAGUAGAUCAUAUGCAAAUCUUGACGGAUGCUAAUGUCCUUGACUACAUCCAGCAGCUUGUCACCCGUAAGCUGAAAUAAUUUUUCUAAUGUGCUCAAACAAUUCUAAAAUUUUAAAUAAAAUAUAAGUACGCCUGAUACUGGAGAUAUAGACUGGUAAACUGGGUAUAUAAUUUUACUGUCAAGUCUACUGUGUCACUAUUUUGGUAAACUUCUCUAUUUUUGUUCUUUUGAAACUAGGCUUGUUUGUCAUGUCAAAAAAUGCAGAAGUUGCUCUCUUGUUAAGAAACCCUAUUUAAAAUAAAAUAUUCACACAUA